AUGUCAUCAGCUUCUCUUACUUACACAUCUGCACUCGGUGGUUCUUUGUCUAGAAGCACCACUCCCGAACCUCAAAUCGUGGCUAGGUUAACUAAUCCUCGCAUUCCUACCGCCGGAGGCAGGGUUAACUCUAAUCCAUCUGAACCAUCCUACCUAGCAGCAAGCAUGAGUCUAUCAGUAGAUGGUUUGACAAAUCAAGAAAACGAGAUUGAUGACCAGAACACCCAUAUCAAACAUCCAUACUUGACCAUCAAAGGUUCAAUUUCUGAAAUUGGUAUUUCGAUUUCUGAUAUUGGUACGCUGAUUUUAUGGAAUGGCAGGAAGUUGCCGACUGUUUCCACAUCGAUUCUUAGACUCUUAAUUCUUCUAAUUCACUAA